GUUUAGCUCUUUGCUAGAUCGAGGUGGUUGGCGACUCUAGGAUCACCACAAAGCUUAAGGUGCUGCGAUCGUUGUUGUCAACUUGUCACAGAAAGUUGCCAACAGUUGCAUCAUCCCAUUCAAAAACACUUACAGUUCCACAGAUAAUUCUGGCUAAAAUAUUUCAGUGUUUUCUUCUGUGAUUAACAAUCACUACUCUGUACUACUAGUAAACACUGCAAGUCUAUCUUCUCCGAUCAGGUCGGGGAUGAGUUAUGACGCGAUCCAAUGGUCUCAUAUUCAAGAUUUCCUUGAUGUAGAAUGCAGCAGCAUGAAGAACGACGACGGUGAUCGCGACGGCGACGAUGUCAGCUCAGCCUCAGAGACGCCGCCGGCCAGCACGGUGGAUGCUGCAGCUAUGGCCAGCAAGAUCAGGACGGCCGCGCGGCGGCUUCGAGCUCUGCUGGAUCGCGGCGGCAUGGCGGACGACGAUCCGUUCCGGUUCACGCUGGCCGGCGACGUCACGAGAGCGGCGGAGGAAAUGGCCGCGCUCCGAGGAGCCCGGCCGGCGUUCCGACGGGCGGUGGCGUCUCGCCUCAGCGAGGCCGGCUACGACGCCGCCGUGUGCCGGACGAGGUGGCGCGCGGCGCGCGACGUGGCCGCGGGGAACUACGAGUACAUCGACGUGGUGGUGACCGCGGUCACCGCCGCCGGCGCCGGCGCAGCGAAAUCCGCCGCGCACGGCGCGGAGCGGCGGUACAUCGUCGACGUCGGGUUCGCGGCGGAGUUCGCCGUGGCGCGUCCGACGGUGGGCUACGACGAGCUGGUGCUGUCCGCCCUCCCGGCCAUCCUGGUCGCUCCGCCGACGGUGGCGCGGGAGGCGGUGACGCUGGCGGCCAAGGCGGCGCGGCGGUCGAUCAAGAGCCAGGGGCUCGCCGUGCCGCCGUGGCGGAAGAAGCGGUUCGUGGCGGCCAAGUGGCUCGGCCCGUACCGCCGGACGCCGCCUCACGACGCGGCCACCGCCGGUGCAGCUGGAGGCGCCGGAGAAGCGGCGUGCCGCACGGUGGGGUUCAUGCUUGGACCACCUAUACAGCCAUGGGCCAUGGCUAGUAGUAAGUGUUGUUUUGUAAGCAUGCGAGCUGCAGCCAAUCAGCCAUGCACGUAUGAUGUAAUGGUGUGGGAAUGAUUAAUCGGCGGAAUAGUGUGGAGGCAUCCGCAUCGGCAUCGGGGACGGAAUGUGCGCGCGGCGGGCGGUUCACGGUGGGAUCGAUCGUUUCGCGGAGGCGCCGUCACAAUCCGUACCUGCGGUGGGGCCGUGCGUUUGUCAAUUAUUGUCUUGUCGGUUGUCACUGAAAUACUUCAUGGUGACGGCGAUGACCAUGUAAUAUUAAAUGUAUCACAUCUUUAUUAUAAAUUUGGAUAGACUUUUCUCUAAAUUAAUAGCAUUAGAAUGUAUUACAUCAGUAACUUAUUUUGGUACGGAGUAGCUAGCUAGCUUGCUUUAUAUAUACUAGCAUGGUAGCCCGCGCAGAUUACGCAGCUAGCAUCAUUAUAUUUUCUCUCAUAUAAUAGCAUAUAUGUUUUCUCAUUAUAUUAUUCAAAUAUAUUAAAAUGACAACACAAUUUUAAAUUUUGCAAUAACUUUACAAAACUACUAAUA